AUGGGCGUUACCAACCUCUGGACAGUCCUACAGCCCUGCGCAAGGCCGAUCAAAAUUGAGACACUGAACAAGAAGCGGCUCGCCGUCGAUGCCUCUAUAUGGAUUUACCAAUUCCUCAAAGCGGUGCGCGACAAGGAAGGAAACGCGCUGCGGAACAGCCAUAUUGUCGGUUUCUUUCGUCGAGUAUGCAAGCUCCUAUUCAUCGGCAUCAAGCCGGUGUUCGUGUUCGACGGUGGCGCCCCGGCGCUGAAGCGACAGACUAUUAGCAACCGCAAGUCGCGCCGCGAGGGUAGACGGGAAGAUGCAGUUAGAACAGCUGGCAAGUUAUUGGCAAUACAAAUGCAGAGGGCUGCUGAGGAGGAGGAAAGGAGGAGGAAAGAAGCUGCGAAGCAUCCGCGCGAGGAGCCAGAAGAGGAGAUACCUGACAACUUGGUGUACGCGGAAGAGCUACUGCAAACACCGCAGGAGCGUACCCAAAACCGCGCAUUCAAGAAGAAAGACCAGUACCACCUGCCGGACUUGGGCAAGUCCAUGUCGGAGAUGGGUGCUGCAAAUGACCCGAGGGUUAUGUCACUGGAAGAGCUCGAGGAUUACGCACGACAGUUUGAUAGAGGCGAGGAUAUUAAUGUCUACGACUUCUCCAAGAUUGAUUUUGAUGGGCAUUUCUUCCAAAGUUUGCCUCCCGCUGAUCGAUACAACAUCUUGAAUGCAGCUAGGCUACGAAGUCGACUCAGAAUGGGCCACUCAAAAGAACAGCUCGACGCCAUGUUCCCUGACAGAAUGGCCUUCUCCAAAUUCCAGAUAGAGCGCGUGCGCGAACGUAACGACCUUACGCAACGAUUGAUGAACCUCAAUGGCAUGAACGACGAUGCAUUUGGCGCGGGUGGUUUCAGCCGCGUUGCUGGUGAGAGAGAUAGGGAAUAUGUGCUUGUGAAGAAUGACGGAGUCGAAGGUGGUUGGGCGCUAGGCGUGGUUUUGAACAAGGAAGAAGGCAAAGCACAUAAGCCAAUUGACGUGGAACUACCAGAGCGCCCUGCUGAAGAGGACGAAUGGGAAGAUGACGAAGAAUUUGAAGAUGUUCCUAUUGAAGGCUUGAAUCGACUGCCAAAGCCCAAGGCAGGCCUAAGUGCCCAAGAGAAAGAAGGUCGCGAGUUCAUUGCAAACGAGCUAGCAACACGACGCCGGCAACUUUACAAGUCUAGAAAAGAGAAACUCCUGCAGUCCAGGCCUCAGCAGGCUACUCCAGUCAGCCAAGAUCCCGACUCUUUGUUCCUUGCUGAUGAGAACGAAGAAGAUGAGGAUUGGGAGAAUGUACCAAUGGAUGGCGUUAAUAAUCUAGAGAAUGAGGCAGGGGAUGAUGUUGAGAACGAACAAUUACAGGAAGCCAUUGCCUUGUCGAUGCAUGUGGACCAGCAAGAGACGGAGCGAAAAUCGGAGGAAGAAGAUGAUCCAGUACGUGAAGUCUUUCAACAGAAGCGCGCUGCUGAAGCCAACCCGUUCGCUGGUACAAAAGGCUCGGGGAUGGCCAUUGCCAGGCUUGCCAAUCAGCGCAGCAGUAAACUUGCCCCAAAAGGGCCCUUUGAAGACAGCGAUAGCGAAGACGACAUGAAUCUGCAGGCUGCGCUGGCAGAAUCUCGCCAGUCAAAGCGACCUGUUAAGCCAAAGCUGAUGUCACCUAAGCUGCAUGCUCAAGCACCUGCUGUAAAGCCUGCAAAUAAGUCAACGAAUGCUGCAGGUUUUGAUGGACCGCUGCCAUUUGAGAGACUCAAUCUGGGCAACUCUCUUCUUGGUAAGAAGAAGAUGGACAAGCUUGAAGAGGACAAUGCAGGUGGCUUUGAGAAGGAUUACGGACACGAGAAGAAGGCUGCGGCACCACUUCCACCUUGGUUCAAUGGCCAACGAGAUAUAGCAGAGGACGUCAAUGCUCAACGGCAGGAAGAGAAACAUCAGUGGGAAGAAGCUCGUCAAGAAGAAAAGACUCGGUUCCAGUUCCAGCAAUUGCCAAGCCUGCGGAAGCAGGAAGAGAAGGAGAUCAUCGAUCUCGAUGCACCUGCCAGUCAAAGCCAACAGGAGGUGAUCGCAAUCGACUCUGACGGGGAGGCCGAUGCUCAGAUGGAAGAUGUGAUAAUCGAGGAUUCUAGGCUCAGGAUGGGCGAUCUAGCAGACAAAGUUAGAGCGGAACCUCCCAAGCCACUUUCUCCACAACAACGGUCACCACCUCGUCAAGAUCCUGCGUUGAAAAAGAAGACUCCCUUCGCAGACGAUUCAGAUGAUGAGCCAGUAGAUUGGUCCGAAAGUGAGCCUGAAGAGGAGAGACAAGCGCAGAAGGCAGCGGGUGGAGAAGGAGAGCCACCUGUGCGGGAGCCUUCGAGAUCCCCAUCGGAAGAUUUCGAAGACGUACCAAUGCAAAUUGAGCCAACUUCUGUACCCGAACCUGCCGUUUCGCCAUCAAGGUCGCCUUCGCCGGUAUUCGAAGAUGUGCCAAUCCGUCAAGAGAAGCAACAUAGACCUCCGAGAGAGCUGUCAACCCUGCAAGGACCGGACGACCUCACAAAACCUACAGUACCCUAUAGCGGUGUAGCAGACGACAGUGCGCCUCUGGAUGUUCUAGAUGAUCAUGAAUCUGAUCAAUACUCUGACCCCGAGGAUGAAGAGCUCUUUGCCUCUCUCGCCAAAGAAGCAGAGGAGCACGCGCGCUUUGCCCAAGAACUCACCAAUAACACAGCUACACGCGUAGAUUUUGAUGAAGAACUCAAGCAAUUGCGCGCGCAGCAGAAAAAGGAUCGCCGAGACGCGGAUGAAGUUACGCAAACCAUGAUAGCCGAAUGCCAGCAACUGCUUACUUUGUUCGGACUACCAUACAUCACCGCGCCCAUGGAAGCAGAAGCGCAAUGCGCCGAGCUGGUCAACCUCGGGCUGGUCGAUGGUAUCGUGACAGAUGAUUCAGAUACGUUCCUCUUCGGCGGUACACGUGUAUACAAGAACAUGUUCAACGCGGCUAAAUUCGUCGAAUGCUACCUUGCACAAGACCUUACCUCCGAAUUCAAUCUGACACGCGAGAAAAUGAUUGAUAUUGCGCAGCUCCUCGGUUCGGAUUACACAACAGGUAUUCCUGGUAUCGGACCAGUUACUGCACUAGAAAUCCUCUCCGAGUUCCAGACUCUAGAGGCAUUCAGAACAUGGUGGGAUGGCGUACAAAGCGGCCAGAUCAAAAAGGAUGAAGAUGCGAAGAACCCCUUUCGCAAGAAGUUCCGAAAGAACCAAGGAACUAAGCUUUUUCUUCCGCCGAACUUCCCGGAUCCACGCGUCACUGACGCAUACCUGCAUCCUGAAGUCGAUUCCGACCCUGAGCCGUUUCAAUGGGGUGUGCCAGAUCUCGCUGCGCUAAGGACGUUUUUGAGCUCGCAGAUUGGCUGGUCAUGGGAGAGGACCGAUGAGGUGCUUGUGCCUGUCAUUCGUGAUAUGAACCGCAGAGAGAAGGAAGGUACGCAGGCGAACAUAACGCGCUUCUUUGAUGGUGCUGUUGGUGCAGGCGCGUUUGCACCUAGAGUGCGUGGUAAUGCUGCGGGGAGCGGACCAAGUGGUAAGAAGAAGGGGACAGGGGCUGCAGGAAAAAGACUGGGUGCCGCAUUGAUCGAUGGACGACUCAAGCGAGGACUUGUAUUCUGA